GGUGGCGCGGUGGUGCGUCGCUGGUGGAAAGCGGGAAAGCCUCUGAAGCAACCACCCACAGUUCACUGCGGCCUCGCGAGCCGUGUCAGCCACACAUACUAUGUGUCGGGUCGUUCAAUUACUCGCUCAGAAUACGUUUUUGUUUUCUCCGGACACACUCGAGUCUUCUCGUCAUGUAAGCAAAACAUUAGCCCGGGAUAUGCGAAUUUUCUCAUAAAUAUUUCGCGGAAAUUGGAGAUACAACACGCGAUGUAACACACGUGGCGAUGGGAGUCCUUGAUUAUCCAUCAUCGCGAGAAGAAUUACAGAGUAAAAGCGAAAUCCUUUUUCGCGUAAAAAGAAUCUGCAGUGAUAAAUACCGAGUGAUAAAUUGAGGUAUCGACUCAAAGAUACGUAUCCCAACGCUGAAGAGAUCAAUGACGAUGGUCUAAUUUCAAUAUACUGUUCCUGGAUAUCAUGAUGUCAGUAUGAGUCACUGAAUCCGAGAAGUAUUUAAGACUGACGUUCUAACUCUGAUCUUCCGCUCCUUAUCUUGCCGAAUGCGAAAGAUAUCAUAUUUAAUAGACGAAUGAUGACAAUUAAACUUCAUUUUUUUACGUGUGGAUAUUAUAAAGAAAUGCUAAAGACGUUUUUUUAAUUAAUAGAUUGACGAUGUGAUUGCCAGUGAAAACUAUAACAGUUACUGUAUCGAAGAGAUAUUCUUGUUCGAUAAAUCAAAACUGAUGAUUCUAAUUUCGCGAUAAUCAUAUACGCCCUGGAGUGAGUUUCAUGAAAUUUAAUAAUUCGUAACAAUUUCUAUUCAAAUUUCCAAUAAUCAGCAUUCACGAUAUUUGCGCAUUAAUUUCCAGCAAAAUUUAAUUUAUUUAAGCUGGAGAAGAUUAUCAUCCCAUUUAGCCAAAACAUCUCUCUUGUUUAAUCAAAACGGAUAAUUUGUCAAUCGUUUUUUGCGCGUUACCGCUUUCAUCAUAUCGAUGAUUUAUAUAUACUUUUCUUGUUGCUCGUGAUCAAUGAUCAGUGACCUUCAAUCCUACGCACCGUCAAUACUUGGAUAGAAUACGUCUUCUUGUCUUAAAAAAUUGACAAGCAUGGAAUUGAUAUUACGUCCUCUUAUGUGAGUUAAGACGGAUAACGGAUGAAGACGAAGAGGAUCCUGUUCAUACUGCGAUGUGUUAAGUACAUGCGGACACUCGAGAAGAUAGAAAGCCUGUCUUUACUAAUUUUGUGAACCACGUGUGUCCUGUGAUAUUUGUGAUGGUGUGAGUACUAUGACGAGGUACGACUUUGUGCAGUUUCAAGAUGACGGUGCACUAAAUGUUUACAAAGGAGAUAACUUCUAAUACGCAUCGGCGAUCUUAUGUGUUCAUUCAUGUAGAUCGCACGUUUCAAUUUUAUCGCUCUGAGAAAGCGUCUGAAAAUGCUCUUUGUGGUCAUUUAAUGGAUAUUGACGGACUAUUAGUGGAAAAUUUAUUUAAUAAAUUAUAAAUUAAUUGAGAGAAGGGGGGCUGUUUUAGAUCAAAGGCAUUAAUAUUGUAAUAAUAGAAUUCGAUAGAUAUAUUUUGUAAUUAUGCUAACCAUCGAUAUGAUCAUACGUGACACGUUGUCUAUGCUUUACUAUCCAUAAUAAUGAAAUAUGCCGAUAUUUUCGUGUACAAAUUUCAUUUAACGUUUCAAUUUUCAAUUCAAAGCAACAAUGCGAUUAAUUAAUCGCAGAUAUAAUUUUUUUAAAUAUUUAUGGCAUUAAUAAUUAAUAUUUUCGCUACUAAUUUACUUGUGAAAAAGAGAUGGCCAUAAACACAGAUAAAAAGAUUACUUUUCUUAAUGUAAUUUAAAAGUAUAAACUUUAAACUGAUAUAAAUAAAACUUAGUUUCCGAUUAUAUUAUUCAUCGAAAUGAGAAAUUAUUUUCUGAUCAUUCAUGUCUAAAACAGAAUUUAAAAAAGAUUUUUUUAUAUAAAAUCAGAAUAGUAAAAGAAAAUUAUCGUGUGUGUGGCCCUUAAUGUGAUUAUUAAUGUAAUACUGCAAUUUUAACUGAAAAUUGGUGUAUAUAUGAUGUUAUUAUAUAUAAAUAAUCUGUUAAGCAAUCAUGAUGCUAUAAAUAUAUGAUUUUUGGUAGCGAAGAUAUCAAUGCAAUUUCAUAAUCCUACUCAUAAUCAUAGAUAAAGCUGUGUAAAUAAAACGAAUUAACAGUAUUUAUACAGUAUAUUAUGUAAUAGCAAGGCUGUUAAUUCAUCGGCUCAGUCGCGUAUUUCCGCUAAGACGAUUUGCAAACAAUACUGACUACUCAUUCAAUAUAAUAUAAGCUCAAUGAAAUUUACUUUGUGUCGCACAAUGUCUCGCUUUUCCACUAACCUUCCAUCGAAAGACAAAAGGUUUCACUUUCUUAAUAAACACAUACAAAUACACCCAGUGCGAGCAGAAUGUGAUCAAAUGAUUGAAGAAAUAAAUCGAAUAUAUAUAAAUGAAGAGAUAAUAAGUAAUUAAAUAAAAAUAUAAUUAAAAAUAAAAAAUAUCAGAAGGGAUAAAUGUAACGACAAAGAAAUAAUAAAUCGAUUAAUGUCAAACGUAUAAUAACGGAAGAUGUCUUUGUCUGCCGGAAUCUCGAUUAAUCAGCGUAAAAGACAUAGUGACAUUAUUUAUUUAUACGAGUGGAAUUGUCAUGAACUAAAAUACUGUAAAUCAAUUUUCUCUUGUGGGCAAGACGCGCUGGAAGUAGCUAAAUCGGGAAACGAGAACCAGCUGUAAAAAUUUUGAGAUUAUUAUUGCGCGAGGACACUGCAAAAUCUGCGAAAAAUGCAUUCGAAAAUAUCAUUUCGUCGUCAGCUCGAAAUUUACCCGGAACAAGAUUUAACAACACAACUGCAUAAAACUACAAUUAAAAUUGCAAAAAAAAAAAUAAGUGACUAAACGGACAAUCAUCAGAAUAGCUCAAAAAUAUACGAAGUACUUUUCUAGAAUCUCGAAUCAAGUACUCAAGUAUUCAAAUAUCAAUCCAAGUAAUUCAACGGAGCUCAUACACGCACAAAAUGCGUUUUUAUUUAAUUUCUUCAGAAUGGGCUUUAUCGACAGGCGGAUUACAAAAUAUUCCGAGUAAAUCAUUUUGCAAUUGAAAAAUCUCGAAAUUUACGACAUCGCUCAGGCAAAAUCGUAACCUGACAUUUGUAAAUGGACCGAUUACAUGCCGUUCUCGUCCGUCACAUCAAAGAAGAAACGAGAAAAGACGAAAAAGAAGCCGUCGAACGACGGUAGCCAGUUGAGAGAAGCGAGAAAAAAAAAAACAGCUCGUCAAAAUGGGAUUUAACGAGACGUUGGAAGAGGACUUGGAUAAUACCACGGACCACGGACAACGCAACACCAGCAAAAACUACUAUGAGGUCGAGUACAUCCUAAUAUUAACCAUCAAAGGUCUCAUUAUGGGCUUCAUCAUCCUCUGCGCGCUCUUUGGUAAUUUACUGGUUAUUGUCUCGGUUAUGAGACACCGGAAGCUCCGGGUAAUCACCAAUUACUUCGUGGUAUCGUUGGCCUUGGCGGAUAUGCUGGUCGCGCUGUUCGCCAUGACGUUCAACGCUUCCGUGGAGCUUUUUGGACGAUGGUUAUUCGGAUACUUCAUGUGCGAUGUAUGGAAUUCGCUGGAUGUCUUCUUCAGCACUGUCAGCAUUCUUCAUUUAUGCUGCAUUAGUGUCGAUAGAUAUUACGCAAUCGUUCAACCGCUGGACUAUCCGUUAAUCAUGACGAACGUUAGGCUGGGAACCAUGUUGAGCGUCGUGUGGUGUUCCCCGACCGUUAUGAGCUUCCUACCGAUCUUCGCCGGAUGGUAUACCACGAAGGAACACUUGGAGUACAGACGGACCUAUCCGGAUGUUUGUGUGUUUCAAGUCAACAAGCUCUAUGCCAUCGUUAGUUCCAGCGUCAGUUUCUGGGUACCGGGGAUAAUCAUGAUUGCGAUGUACUCCAGAAUUUAUAAAGAGGCCGAUCGUCAGGAGCGCAUGAUGUAUCGCUGUGUGAGAUUUCUACGUCCGUUGCGAAUGCAGAACAUGUAUGUUAGCAUGCGUGGACAUGCUCAGGAAGCCAAUUUAAAUGCAUGAAGGUGAUUGAAGUUAUGCAAGAGAAAAACAGCCUUUUACAAUGAGGUAAAGCACGAGAAAAAUAAUUUAUCACAUACAUAAUUUAUAAUACAGAGUUCACAAUUUCCAUAAUUCCAUUAUUAAAAAACCGAAUCAAAUAAGCAUAUUUUUUACUAAAAAGAAAGUAGUCAUAUAAAGAUAAUAAAAAAUAAAAAUAUAUAAAUAAUGAAAACAAAAUAUAGUUAUGUGAGAAUAUAAAGAAAUGAUAGUAAAAAUACAUUAAUAAAUACCCAAAGUUAUAUAUCUAGUAAAAUAAUGUUAUAUUCAUAUUGUAUACCAUCCUAUUAAAUAAAUGAUACUAUGUAUCUAUGUACUGAAUUGCUGAGAGUAGUGAAUUUCACGCCAAUCCCGAGAUCAGAAUUCGGAUCAAGAUACUCUUGACAGGGUUUCCCGAUGCAGUCCUUCUGCGUCGUAUCAAUGACGCUCCCAUUCAUCCUCUAUCUUCCUCUCCUGAUACCCUUAGGAGAUCUUUGACGCGUGAGACAGCGCAUCGAUAUUCCACCAUCGAUACUCUUAUUCCUCCGUCAGUCUGUCCGCUGUUCCCCGUGGAACUCGCAAAUUUUUUAUUCAUGCAAUCCCUGUAACAUGUUGCAAAGUUUAUUCAUUUUGCGCUGUCAACAUUCUCAAACUCUUAAGCUUUCGUAGAAAUACAGAAUACAGAAAGGAAGUCCCGUCGAUCUCAACAUUGACUUGUCUGAGAAAAUGAUAGCGGCAACUUUUCGGCAACUGAUUUCCCGUGACGCUUCUUGCACACAUUCUCUUUCGUUCUAUUUUAUUCAUUGUUUCGAUAGAAUCACGAAGUGGUAUAUCUCCGCUAUAAAGUUUCUAGGACAAAGUUUCGGACGUUUUGCACGUCGUGCGAAAUAGCGGCAAAAGUUUUCUCGGCUUUCUGAACAUCUCUGUUUCCCUCGGAGAUCUUCGGCUUUUAAUUCUUUAGUAGAGUUUAAAGUCACAUUGGUUAUUUUAUUGCCAUUUCUUUCGAUAAGUUAAUUCCAUUUUGCGGUAAAAAGAAAUGUUUAUGAAGAAUCGAUUUAGAAUAUUCGAAUAUUUUUGAAGGUUUGAUAUUUAAUCGGUUUUUGAUUAUGGUGUUAAUUUUUAUUAAUCAAAUAUUAUUUUAAAUAUUUUGUAAAUAUUAUACACAAGCUUCAAUUCAAAUGUAUGAAAUAUACAUAGAUAUAAAGCAUAUAUUAUUCACCCUCCUCUUUUAUGCUUUUUAUA